CGCGUUUAGAGGACUACUGUUCAGUGGCGGUUUUCGCGAUCUUUGCGCAGUGUACCUCGGUUGAGCCGACGGUGUCGACCACCUUUUCCGAGCUUUUUGUUUGAUCGGAGAUAAAAGCGACAAUCGAGAACAGACAUCACUCAAUGUUACUGUAAAUUAUUGUGCUUUUUUGAUUAUUUCCGGCUGCAUCCAAUAAUUUUGGGUCUGACACUGGGAAAAUCCUUCUGCAGGCUUCUGACUGACAAACAGCUGCAACUUGUUUUUUUAUACGACAUUUUUUGUAGUGUCGGCGUUUUCAUUUUCCAUUGUUGACUGUCUUGACUUUUUUGUGUUUCCUUUUGAUUUUCCAAGUAUUCAUCGGACGAGUACGAACUGUAACUUUCUUCUUAUGGUGUAGUGUUUAGUGAUUCGCAAACAGUUGCUGUGAAGUUAUUUUGUACUGUGGAUACGAAUUUGAAAAAGUGACUGUUUUAUUAAAAAGUGUAUGGGAUUUCUUCGAGUUCAUCAACCAAUAGGUUAGUGGUGGUAAUUGACAUCAAUUGCGGUGGUUGGAUCUUGCUCCACUUGGUUAUUUAAGAAUUUCGUUUCGUGUGAAAGUGUUAAGACAUUGGGGCAAUUUCGCAAUUCUCCGGAGGAGUUUCAAUUGAUGAAAAGAAUAUGACCCAAGGCACUUCAAAAAUCACUUCCACGCCUAUACUUUUACAACGUCAUGAAUUAAAUUCCAAGAAAGAGUUCGGAAUUAGAAGAAAAAUGGCAACUAUAACAUCCCCUUUAAUCCUUUUACUUUGCUGUAUCCUGUCGACGUGCUCAGCACAACAGCAAUACUUCAGGGUGCAACCGAGAGACGUCAAGGUGCACGAAGGUGGUGAAAUAACGAUGGAAUGUGAAGUCGCGAAUUUGGCAGGCCAAGUGCAAUGGACCAAGGAUGGAUUCGCUUUAGGUUUCGAGGCCAUAAUCCCUGGAUUUCCUAGAUACUCCGUUAUAGGGGACAGGAGACACGGAGUAUACAACCUGAGGGUUAGCAACGCUUCUCUUGAGGACGACGCUGAAUAUCAGUGUCAAGUGGGUCCUGCCAGGAUGCACAAAGCUAUCAGAGCGAACGCCCGACUUAGCGUUAUAUCACCUCCCUCAUCUGUUGAAAUCUUAGGCCAUCCAAGUAAUUCGAAGAUUGAAAUAAGGGAAAACGAUGAGUUUCACUUAGAAUGCGCAGUUAAGAACGCUAAACCUGCUGCUAAAAUUGUUUGGUACAGGGGAAACGUUGAACUCAAUAUACCGAACAGAGAGGAUCAAGUAAUCGAAGUGCCGAACAAGAAAGGCAACCCUAACAUAAAACGCUACGACACCCAUUCCAGGAUAACUUUAAAACCCACAGCAGAAGACGACUACGAAGAUUAUACUUGCGAAGCAAGACACGAAGCUCUGCAAAGUGACCUACCGAUGAGAGCUACAGUCCAACUAAGCGUAUUUUAUCCCCCAGGAUUACCUUACAUCGAAGGAUACACCGAAGGUGAAACAAUACGAAGAGGUCAAACAGUCGAAUUGAUUUGUAGAAGUAGAGGAGGAAACCCCCCAGCUCAACUUAUAUGGUACAAAAAUGGCGAGCAAAUACGUAUGGCUUAUAGGACAGCUGGGAGAGUAUCGGAGAACGUUUAUACGUUUACUGCCGAUGCGACAGACAAUAAAGCUAGAUAUAAAUGCGAAGCCAGCAAUAUUAUGUCAAAAGCUCCUCUCAAAGCUGAAAUAGAUAUGACUGUUUUAUUUUCGCCUGCUCACGUAACUAUAUCCGGACCGACAGAAGCUAGAGUCGGGGAUCCCGUUCCUUUAACUUGUACAACGGCUAACAGCAAUCCCCCAGCGGAGAUUAAAUGGAUGGUUGGAGGAAAGCAAGUGAAAAACGCCACAUCGAGGACGGUUAUAUCACCAGAAGGGGGAUGGGUAACAACAUCGAAUAUUACAGCGAUCGUCGAGCCUAACAAGAAAAGUUUGGUCGUUAUAUGUCACGGUUUAAAUAUGCAGUUAACCGAGAACGUAGUAUCAACUUACACUAUUAACGUUUUACAUCCUCCAAGCAGCCCUUUUAUACACGGUUAUACCGAGGGACAAACAGUUCAAGUUGGAAGUAUUCAAAAAAUAUCUUGUACCUCAAGCGGGGGUAAUCCAUUGGCUUCUUUAACUUGGUACAAAAACGAUAAAAAAAUUCAUUCCGUUACAAAAACCACCGAUAAAUCAGUUACGGCUGAAAUUACAAUCCUAACGAAUGUUACUGAUAACGAAGCUCGUUAUAGAUGUGAAGCUGCUAACUCGGCCACUGAAAUACCAUUAUUUGAAACAAUAACUAUGAAAGUUCAUUUUCCGCCGGAACAUGUUAAAAUUAGGAAAGAUCCUCCAGAAUUUAGGCCUAAUGAGGAAGCAACUUUAACUUGUGACUCCAGUUCUAGUAAUCCCCCAGCUAAGUUGUCAUGGUGGCGAGAAGGAAUUCCCGUACAAGGUGUUUUAAAUACAACCAAAGCUGGAUUGCAUGGGGGAAAAGUUUCUAGCAUAGAGCUCAAACUUAAUAUUACCGAGCAAAUGAAUGGAAUCGUGUAUACUUGUCAAGCAACCAAUGAAGCUAUGCAAAGAUCAGUUCAUGACGCAGUUAUUCUUCAAGUUUUAUAUAAACCAGUUUUUGAUUCUGAAAAUGAAAAAUCAGUGACAGGAAUUGAAAACGAACCUCUUAUUAUCAGCUUAAAAGCCGACGGAAACCCCGGAAUGAUUUCUUACACUUGGACAAAAGAUGGUUUACCAAUUAUGCAAAAAGACAUAGGAUCAGGAUCUGACAGAAUCAAUUCUGAUGGGCCUGUUUUAAAUAUUACAAAACUUAGCAGACAUGAUGCCGGUACUUAUUCUUGUGAAGCCUUAAAUUCACAAGGCAACUCAGUUGCAACAGUAAACGUUACUGUUCAAUUUCCAGCAUUUAUCGUUGCCACAAGUGAUAACACAGUUGUUGCACCUAAAGAAGAUGCAACGUUAUCUUGUACAGCGGAAGGAAACCCAAUUAGCGAUGAUACAAUAACAUGGAGUCGAGAUGAUUUCCCAGAAUUCGACGCCAGAACUUCAGUAAUGUACGACAAAAAUGGAACUUCGUAUUUAAGAAUAACCGGUGUUAGCAGAGACGAUUUAGGGCAUUUCAAAUGUACCGUUAAUAAUGGAAUAGGAAAAUCAUCAAGCAGAAAAGUCAUGCUUAUCGUAAAACACAAACCUGAAGUCAAUCAAUCCCCAGCAUUCAUGAAAUUUGCUAGCGAUGCAGGAAACAUGGGAAAAAUAAUUUGUAGAAGUCAAGCUUCACCUUUAGCUAAAUAUUCAUGGUCGCGAAACGGAAGUCCCAUUGCAGCUAAUAAAACCGGAAAAUAUUUUUCUACUUAUAAACAAAUUGACUCAUUAGUGUCUGAAUCAAUUUUAAUUAUCACGCACGUCACAUCGGCUGAUUACGGUAACUACGAAUGCGUAGCAAGAAAUGAAUUGGGUUUCGCUACGAGUUCGCCGAGAUUAGAAAUCACUUCAUCUCCAGACACGCCUAGCUUGUUAACAAUACUAAACGUCACACACGAUUCGGUGACGCUCCAAUGGGUACCUGGUUUUAAUGGAGGCAUGCAAGCAUCAUACAGGAUCAGGUAUCGAGAAAUCGAAGACCAAAACUACAAAUACGAAGAUGUUCCGCCAUCGAAUUCGACUCAACACACCGUUAGAGGUUUGGAGAUUAGUACAGGAUAUGUCUUUUCCAUAAUGGCUUCGAAUAAAUUGGGUAACAGCAAAUACAUGCCAGAUGUAGUUUCAGCAAAGACAUUGAAUAAAGCCCCUCCAUCUCACCAUUCGCCAAGUUCCGAUGAGAAACAUUUUAAGGAUUUUCCCGGCGUACUAAUCAUAGUGGGUACAGUGGUAGGAACCGCUUUAAUCCUCAUGAACGUCCUACUAAUCGGUUGCUGUUUGCAUAGAAGAUCGAAAAAACGAGUGACAGAACAAAGUAACCAAACCAGCAAAUCAGCAACUAUUGAAAUGUAUGCUCCAAGCAGUUACAACGACACGGUUACAGGAGAAACUCUUUCCUCAGUUAGCGAAAAAAGUGAAACCUACAGUAAUGAAGGAAGUAACAAUGAUUAUGUGGAUGAAGGAAGAAAACAAGCCGCAAGUACCUACUUAAUGGAUCAACAAGAUUACAACAGCGCUUAUCCAGUUUACCCAGGAUAUGAAAUGCAAAUCCAACCGAAUGUAGCACAUAAAACUCACACUUUACCCCAUCCUCACCACCACCAUCAACAUACAAUAGAAAGAAGAACUCGUGAUGAUCAAAGUCUCGGUUAUCAUGGUACUAUUUCAGGAAAAUCGUCGUAUAUAAGCGCCCCAUCCCCAGCUCCACCAGCAGACGGAUCCUAUUUCAACAUGUCUGAUAGAUAUCUAAGUUAUCCACCGCCGUUAGAUUUUCAAAAUCCACCCCCAGUACCAGCCCAUCCGCAUUUAACACAUUCAAUGACGCCUGCCACACCACCACUUCCAGCGAAUGGAUCAUUAUUACGUCAUCAACGAAGUGGAGUUCCACCUCCAGAUGUUCUUCACAAUACAAGCCAAAAUACUCAAAUCCUUCAAGCUCAAACACUCAGCCAAAAGCGGGAAUUGAGCAGUUUCGGUAACGGUUAUAAUGGGGUUAAUGAGCAAGAAGGACACCUUGUCUGAGAUAAGGAGGAUAUUUUGUAUGUUUUGUAAUUGUUUUAAUCAAGUGAGAAUUUGGAUUUAAGAUCAGUGAAGUUUGAAACAUAGUGAAUAGAAUUCGAGAUUAAAAGAGAUUUUUUGGUAUAAUAAAUAAUAAUUAAAAGUUAAGUAAAUGUGAUUUUCAUAAAAAAAGAUUUAACUCUAUUAACAACAAUAACCUUUUUUAAUCUGUGCUAAAUGGACGUUGUUAUUUGUUAAUUUAUUGUUAAAACUAUUAAUAAUAUGGACAGUUUUUGUGUAUAUGUGAAUAAAAUUGCUACAAAUGACCUAGACGUAACUAACUAUUAAAA